UAUAAAAAAGUGAAUACCUGAAAAACCUAAUCGAGGCCUGGUCGUUUUAUUCUUCCUUGGGAGAGAAGAGAAUGAUGAUAUCCGAUCUUCCCCACCACUUACUAGAGGAAAUACUCUCUAGGGUUCCGGCGACAACUCUGAGACGGUUGCGACCUACUUGCAAACAAUGGAAUGCUUUACUCAAAGACCAACUAUUCACCGAGAAGAACCACCGUAAAGCUCCAAAGCAGCCUUUACUUCUCAUGCUGAAGGAGUUUAGGAUUUGUCCAGUCAGCGUUGAGCUCGAUCUCAGCGUCAAUGCUCCAUCUAUAGAGUUUAAGGAUGCACUUAACCUAAAGAAGGGUUCCCACUCUAGUUCACAAGAUUCCGAUAUAAUGGAAGUCUUUCACUGCGAAGGUUUGUUGUUAUGCGUUACCAGAGACAAUAAGCUCCUAGUUUGGAAUCCAUUUUUAGGGGAAACAAAAUGUAUUCAUCAUUACAAGAAAAAGUCUAGUUAUGCUUUAGGAUACAAAAACAAGGAAUCUUGCCACCGUGACUACAAAAUCUUGAGGUAUCGGCAGAGUCCCAAGAGAGAAGACAAUGUUGAUGAGUUUGAGAUAUAUGAAUUUAGCUCUGAUUCAUGGAGGUUUCUUGAUGGAAUCUCUCUCGACUACUAUAUACAUGCAUUUGGAUACGUAUCUUUGCAAGGAAAUUCAUAUUGGGUUGCUUCAGAGAGAACAGACAAGGAUUCUAUGUUCUUACUCGGUUUUGAUUUCACAACAGAGAGAUUUAUACGUCUAAAUCUUCCUCCAGUUCCGCCGACUAUGAUGCUAUCUCUUGUUAGAGAAGAACAAAUCUCAGUGUUACAUAUGAAAUAUUUUCCAUUAAAAAUGGAGCUGUGGGUGACCAGUAACUUUGGUACUGAAGCUGCCUUGUCAUGGAGCAAGUCCUUUGAAGUGGAUUUACACGUUCUUGAAGAACGUUACCCGUUCUUCCCGACUUUUUUACUCGACGAGGACAAGAAAGUGGUCGUGUGCCCAGGACCAAGUGGUUGGAACAUGAAGAACGUGGUCUACAUUAUUGGAGAGGACGAUGAAUAUCACACAGAAAUCCCUUAUGAAAAUUCUACACAUAAAUCAUGGUGGCCACGUAUAUUCAAUUAUAUUCCAAGUUUGGUUCAAAUCCAGCAACGAACACAGACACGGAAGAGAAAGAGAAGAAGUAAACUAGAACAUGCGAUGCUGGUUACAAAGAAACAAGAGAAGAAAAGAAGACACAGUAUUCACAUUGAGACUGUCAAUGUUGACUAAAUUUUCCU